GCGAGCAGGAUCUAUUUUAAAGUCUUUCCCACAGCAUUUGGGACUCAAAGGUACAGCAGACGUUUCUCAGCAGAGUAACUAUGGGGACCUAAGAGUAAGGGACUUUAUUCACCACUGAUACCUCUAGUUCCAUAUUGAUUCGGACACAUCGGAUUCCUAAAUGUUGCUCCAGAAGGGCGGUGGAUUUAUGGGACUGCCUUCCCGGUACAGAGCUGGCAACAGGUAUUUCCAACAUGGGACUUUUGAAAAGGAGGCUUCAGAUCUGCCCAGAAAAGAUGAAGGAAGUUCUAGAAGAAGCUGUCAUUUUUCUCAGUCCUUAUCUGCUGCAGAAUCGCAGGGAAGUGACAAGAACAGGGUCCUUUCUCCAAAAGUUUCCUUUCCAUCAAAGCUAGUUGUCAAUGGAACAUCAGGUUCCCCGGAGCUGAACAGCUCAAGAACCCCAAUGAGAGGAUCCAGUAGGACGUUCCUUCACUCCAGACAUCCUCAAACAGCCAACUCCAUGAGUAUGCAGUUUGACAUUUGCUCCAAAGACGAUGGCGAAGAUGGUACAGCAGACACUGAGCAGCAUCCCAGCUCAGAUGUCAGAAGGAGUCAUUCUUUAUCUCACCUCCCAAACUGCAAUAAAAGAGAAUAUAGCCCCAUGCAGACACUGGCUAGAAGGACAUGGAGUGGCCCAGAGCCAGACCUGAAAGCAUCCUUACAUGAAGAGAGCCAAAGGGGAUCUGAAGUAGAAGGAAUGGCCCUGGAGCCUGGAAGACAAUCUCAGCUUCUCAGAGAGAGGAACCUGGUGGGGGAACUCAAUAUGAUGCAGUUUGAGCUGUUCUCCCUUAAGCAGAAGCAGAUGGAGAACUCCUUUGCUCACCUGGAAAAGGAAAAGAAAUGGCUUGAGACGAAUUUCUUGGAAAACAGAAAGCAAGAAGGAGACUUGGAUGAUAAGAUCUUCAGUGUGGAGAUGGAGUUGGCAAAGGUCAAAUCUUAUAUAGGCAGAAGGAACCACAAAUCAUCACAACCAGUAGCCCUGGAUGCUGACCAAAAUGGAGCUGCGGAAAAGAGAGAUAAUAGUCAAGAGCUGGUUGCUCUUCACAAAAGCCUGGCUGCUCACAAGAAGCACAUCAAAACCUUAGAGAGAAAAGGAAGUGAGAUGGAGCAGGAGCUGAAAUCUGCUAAAGAGGGACAGCAGAUGGCGUUCAGCCAACUUUCGGAAGCUGAGCAAAGAGCUACGGAUUCACUGCAGGCCAGUCAAGCCCUACGGGAACAAAGAGACAAGCUCCAAGUUGCAUAUAACAGUGUCUGUCUGGAGAAAGACCGACUGGAGGAGAAAGUUACUGAGCUGAAUCUGGAGCUGAAACCUGCUCUUUCAGAUCGGAAAAGACUUCUUGAGGAAAAGGUUGCCCUCCAUCAGCAAGUCCAGCGGCUCACCCUGGAGCUGGAAUGUGCUCAGAAGCAGCAAGAAGGAUUCAGUGCCCAAGUCUCGGCCCUCCAUUCUGAGCUUGCCAGUGCCAAGAGCCAAGUCAGCCACCAAGACAAAGAGAAAGUCCUCAUGAAAGAAGAGCUGGAAUACACCAGACAGGCUAAGGAGGUGCUGUCAUCAGAAGUGGCUGAGAGUCACCAGAGACUAGAGGACUCUUUGGAAAAGCUUCAUCACUUGGAAGCAGAGAAGAAAAUCCUCGACAAUCGCAUCCAAGCACUGGAGAAUGAACGUUUCUGGCUGCUGGGAGAGAGGGAAGGAAUCCCCUUGCAGAACCGGACAGAUGCAUGGAAAAACCAGGAGGAUGAUAUGAAGGCUCUCCGGGAAAGCUGCGAAAAUCUUAGGGAAUCUCAGACCUUGCUGCAAAGGGAGAAAGACCUCCUUCAGGUUCGUUGCCUGGAGCUGGAAGCGGCUUUGCAUGGAAAGCAGGAGAUGAGCAUUCAGUUGGCGGAACAGCAAGAAAUCUCCCAAUACUGGAAAGACAGAUGGGAAGAAGUGGCUGUAGCCUUGAAGACCCAAGAGGAAGAGGUGGAGGACCCAUGCAUGCAAAGCCUUUCUGCCAAAGCAGAAUCUCCUAUGCUUCUCCAGGUCCAGCUGGAUGCUUGCAAACAGGAACUGGAGUUAGAACGGAACCGCAGCCAAGCUUUGCAGCACCAAGUCCAGCAACUGCAGUCUGGCAGCCAAAGCCAGGCUGUUCCUCCACAUAAGUGUACAGAUUUCAGCUCAGAGAAGCAGAGAUUGGAACGGCUUGUCACUUCUCUGGAAGAGCAACUGGCUGAAAAGGAACAGGCUUUGAGAGAACUCAAGGAUGCCAAGGACAUGGACAAACCUCAGGUGGAAUUUAAAGGAUCUUCAUCAGAUCCAAAGGGCUGUCAUCAUCAUCAUCAUCAAGGCUUGGAUGCAAAAGUCAUUCGGAGCUCCCAGCAAGAUCAGGAGAGCCUGAAGCUGCAGCAUCAGCUGGUGACCGAACAGUUGAAGGGGAUUUUCAGAGAGAGAGAGAAGCAGAAGCAAGGAUCCUGGAAACAUCUCGUAAGACUCCAGGAAGAAAGUUCUGCCAUGUCUCCUAAGCCUCAAGGAACUCUGACUAUAACUGAAUCCAUGCAGUUUCCUGAAGGAGGUGCACCCAAACCUUUUGAAUCCUGCAGCGGUGGAGAAGUGGAGAGCUUGCGGCAGCAGCUGAGACAAAAUGCAGAAAUAAUUUCCUCCAUGGCUUCUGAAAUCCAGGCUUUGAAGCAGAAGAACGAGAGCUUAAUGAAAGCUAAACUGAGGUUCCAGCAGCAGAUCGAAGAAAUCUGCAAUGUUUCAAAACAGCAGCCAGAAAAAAGCACCAUAGACCUGCUGGUUCCUAAACUGACUGGGAAGAUCCUGCGCCUGGAUUUGCAAAGUGCAGAGGGGAGUGACAACUCCUUGACUUCACCCCAAAGUGAUGCGCCUACCUCCUCCUCAAACAGUCGAGAGAACCUACUGGUUGUACAGCAACCUUCUCAUGACAGUGUUGGACAUGAGCAGAGCCACCUCCCUGUUGUCUCCAAUGCUGGGCAUUCAUCUCCACUGCAUUCUGCAUGCCAUGGUUCUCCUAUCUCUGCUGUUCCUCUUCAGUUGCAUCCAGACAUCUCUGAUGCAUCUGUGCCUUCCAUCAGGCUUUCCUUGGAGGCUGCAAUCCCCUCUUUGCAAGAUGCCCAGAGCCCUGCAGAGAGUGAUGGAGCUUUACUCAGUCCCCGGAGUCCAGCUCUUUUAUCCCCCAGGCCUUUUGGGCUCCCCAGACCACGGUCUCCCUUUAGAUUCAGAGGGACCCCUGAAUCUUCAGAUAGCUGAGGCAAGGGACGACAGCCAUUGGUAGCUCCAAUUACAGUGGGUGGUGUAUCUGCACUGGGUUAUAGUCCAAACUUGAAAGGAGCUAUAUAGGGUGCUGAUCUCAACCUCCAUGAAAGGUUCAGCACUCUAGAUAGCUCCUUUCAAGUAUAGACAAAAGGCCAGAUUGGCAUUGGAGCCAACAGUUGGCAACAUUUCCGCAGCAUAGCAUAAAUACCACAUGUGGAAAUAUGCUCUGCCAGCAUGAUGCAAAAUCACAACAUUGUACAACCCAUGUCAAUGACUGGAUGCCAUGAUGAAAAAUGCACACCUGCAACAUAGCCACAAUAUACAAUCUGAAUGCACAGCAUUGCUGUAUGAGCAACUCCAUUUCCGCUGCUUUCAGUGGAAUAGGUCUGUUAGGCCAUCCCAAAUUUUGUUUUGGUGUUGGCCUACUGUAUAUUUCUAACUAUACUACAGUCAUUUUAAUUUGUAAGCCACCUUGAGUACCAAUGUAGGGGAAAAUGCAGAGUAUAAAUAAAGUUAAUACAGUGGGCCUUUGGUACCUCCUAAGGUUUGUUUCUGCAAAUCCCCAUGGAUACCAAAAUCCACGGAGGCUCAAAUCCCAUUACAUACAAUGGCACAAUAAAAU